CCAGCCCACCAUCACCACCCCAAACUGAGUCAUCUGGCUUGUAGGCUGUGGAGCCAAGGGGAUUGCCUUUUUAGGAGACACCUGAUUCCAGCUUAACAUACUCUGGCCCAGCAUAAAGAAGCUAUGGAAGAUAACACUGACACUUUGAUGUGAGUGGCCACCCUUGAUAGAGAAGGUGAUAGAGAUUGGAAAGCUGGUAAAGAAACAACGGCAUCAACACCACUGGCACUGGAAAUAUGUCUUUCAAGAAACUGUGUGGUGAUAAUCUCUACUCAGUUGUUUAUUAACUGCGUAUUUUGAGGUGGUUGAGAAGCUCUUCGGCUGAAAGAAGUUCUUUGAAUUUGGGAGGAUCUUGUGGCCCAUAUUGGGUAGGAUUGCAAAAAGUGCUUGGAGCAUGGAGAAAUUCAAGGCUGGUAUGGUUCUGGGUGGUGUUGGCGAUGCCUUGGGCUUCAGAAAAGGCCGUUGGGAAAGUUGCCCAUCAGGUAGAAAGAUCCAGGAGGAACUGGCAUCCUUGGGCGGUCUGGGGGCACUAAAACUGGACCCAGAUAACUGGCCGCUGAGUGAUGCAACGUUGAUGCACAUAACCACAGCUGAGGCACUUAUAACAGAUUACUGGUGUCUGGAGGAUCUGUACCGUGAGGUGGUGCGUCUCUACGUUGAAGCCAUGGUGUCUCUCCAGGGCAGAACCCCUGAUCCGGCCACAGUGGAAGGCUGUGUUCACCUCAAACCUCAUAAUUUUCUCCUUGCUUGGCAUACGCCCUUCAAUGAAAAAGGGUCUGGAUUUGGGGCAGCUGCUAAGGCCAUGUGUGUGGGUAUGAGAUACUGGCAACCUGAGAGACUAGAGAGCCUAGUGGAGGUCAGCAUUGAGAUCGGAAGGAUGAUUCACAAUCAUCCCACAGGCUUCCUGGGUUCCCUGACAACAGCGCUGUUUGCAUCCUUUGCAAUCCAGGGAAAACCUCUUGCAACUUGGGGCCGUGAGCUCAUGAAAGUCAUCCCUCGAGCUGAGGAGUACUGCAGGAAGACUAUAAGACAUAUGGCAGAAUAUCAGGAAAACUGGUUCUACUUUGAGGCUAAGUGGCAGUUUUACUUGGAAGAAAGGGAACUAGAAAAAGAAGGUCAGAAUAAACCGUUGGCUGACAAUCGCUACGAUGCUGACGACACAGAUAAGAUGUAUAAGCGAUGGAGUUCAGAGGGACGUGCUGGCCGGAGGGGACAUGAUGCCCCGAUGAUAGCCUAUGAUGCCCUCCUGAUUGCAGGAAGCAACUGGGCUGAACUGUGCAGAAGAGCCAUGUUCCACGGAGGGGAGAGUGAAGCCACAGGCCUGAUCGCUGGUUGCCUCUAUGGCCUUAUGUAUGGUGUAAAUCAAGUUCCUUCAAGCCUAUACCAGGAUUUAGACAAAAGGGAACGCUUGGAGGAGCUUGGACAGGCGCUUUACAAAGCAGCAUCUGCAGAGAAGUGCAUAGACAAGUAAAACUGCUGCCUAUUGGCUCUAUCAGAAGAACUGCACGACCCAAAGACCUCUCGCCCCUGCACUGUCCUUUAGUCCUCUUUGGUAGAUCCUCUUUCUAAUGUAACAUGUCCUUCAUUCUCCCCUCCCCCUUGGUCUUGCCAUCCAUAAACCACCUAAGUAUAUUUCACGAAUCACAAAAAUAAGAAAGGUUAGGCUAUCCUGUUCAGCAUUUGUCUAUAUGCAUCUGACAAGCAUGUAUUCCACAUAAAGUGGAUCUCCUAUGAUGUAACAUGGAUUUUAAGAUGAAUGAAUGCUUGUAUAUUGGAUUGCAGUGGGGAGAAUUAAACGUUUUAGUAAACUAUUGCAAAUGAGGAUAAUCCUAACUCUAAACCCCUAUUGCUUAAUGUUAACUUAUAUUAACAUUUGAGUCCAGUGCAAGAUUUUUCCAGAUAGUGGGACAAUGGUAAAAUACAUAAAACAUGCAAUAAUCCAUCUCAUAAUAUCAAUAUAUUGCCUAAUAAAUAUAGUAUAUAUAGUAUAUAUAUAGUAUAAGCACCCAAUGAUAUAACUACAUUUGAGAGCAAUCUAACUGUAAUCUGUGCAUAACAUUGACGUGAGUGUCGUUGAGUGC